CAAGAAAACAACAGCAUCGCAUCAUGAGUCCGGAUUAUACAUCCAUGACACCUCAGCGUCGGUCAAACUUACCUGCUCCUCUCUCCCACGACAUAUCAGGCGUGCAUUUGGUCUUGAAUCGGACCCAUCACCAGAAACAGAAUUAUCAAAAUGUCAAUAUCCAACGAGGCGCUGCAAAAGCUCUUGAGGGAGGUCGAGACGCAGGCCAUUGCCGCGCAGCAGCAGAUCAGUCUGGUCCGCACUCAGGUCGCAAGCAAGCAGCGCGAGAUGCGGCUGGCCCAACUGACUCGCAGCGAGAUCGCGUCGCUGCCGCCUGACACGGCCGUGUAUGAAGGGGUUGGGAAAAUGUUCGUUGCCGUGCCCGUUCCAGCGUUACAGGAGAAACUUGGCGGGCAGAUGAAGGAUAUCGAGACCGAGGUGGAUGCGUUGGGCAAGCGACUGCAUUACUUGGAGACGACGGCAAAGAACAGCCAGGAGCACAUCGAGAAAAUACUGAAAGGUGGUGGUCAACCAUGAUGCUAGGGGUCGCACCGUGGUGUAUGGUUUGAUCAUUUGAUGCGAAUGUGGACAGAGACGACCCGGCUUCGCUCACCUGCUGCACUCAGUCAAGUGAAGCAACGGCAAUCAUGAUUGCGUUUAGAUGGCACACAGAUGCCCUGGUUCGAGAAGAAUGACCGAAUGAGGUCACAUUUUGG